UUUUUAGUACGGCUUCCAUUUUUUCAAAAUAUCUUACGUGUAUAGAUAGACAAAGUGACUAUAACAACGGAGGCGGUUGUAUACCAGUAGUCUAUAAUCACGACGUCGAAAUUCUUUAAUUCUACAGUCACAUAGGUAUCGUAUCGUGGCUUCUAAAGUAACGGAGGUAUGGUACGCUGUUCUUUUCUUGCUGCGUAUUUUCCGACGUUUUCCAUCUUCCUUUAAGUGAGGCUAAGCGGCAUCGCGCGGCCAAAUCAAAGGAAUAUGGCGGCCUGACAGAAAAAUUCGAGUGCUUCGAAGUGGAUUAUUUUGAUUGAAAAGCAGACAAUCUAUCCAGUAGUGGGUCCUUUAAGAGCGAUCAUUAAUAUGUGACAUUCAAUCUCGAUUGGACGAUUAGUGUCUUGCUCGCAUUUAUACGGUUUUAUCAUCCCGCGGGUACAGGCGUAAUAUGCACUGAUAAACCUGGAACUUUAUCAAUUACGACAGUAAAUUCAAGAAUGUCGGCCACCCAAGGAAAAAUGCGAGGUCCAGGUCGACCACCUAAGUCCAAGAAUUCAUGUACAUGGUGUGGAGAAACUAAGCAACCUUUAAGAUAUGUCCUUCCAACACAACAUGGCAAGAAAGAAUUUUGUUCCGAAACAUGUGUUCAAGAGUUUCGCAAGGCUUAUGUUCGAGGUGCUUGUGUACAAUGUGACAAUGUUAUUAGAGGAACACCUGUCAAAUUAGAGCAGCGAGAUGGCCCAACAAAAAACUUUUGUUCUUCAUUUUGCUUGAAUAAACAUCAGAAACGAGAAAAUCAGGCAGAAACAAAGAAAAAUAAUGGCGAACAGCCAUCACCAGCUGCAUCUCCGGCUCCAUCAGGUUUACCAAGUGGAUCCAGUGCACCAUCUACAACACAAUCCUUUACAGGGAAUAAUAACCAGUCUAACAAUUCACAUCCACCAUCAACUUCUACCGGACCAUUUCAGUAUGAAACUUACCAGACUUUCGACUGGGAUUUGUAUCUAAAAGAAACAAAUAGCUCAGCAGCCCCAGUAGAAUGCUUUAAACAGCACGAAGUACCACCAACAAAUGAAUUUAAAAUGGGAAUGAAAUUGGAAGCACUGGAUCCACGAAAUUUAACGUCAACUUGUAUUGCCACUGUCGUUGGAGUACUUGGCCCAAGACUUCGACUGAGGCUUGACGGCUCAGACAACAAGAACGACUUUUGGCGUCUGGUGGACAGCAACGAAAUCCAUCCAAUCGGCCACUGCGAAAAGUCCGGCGGAAUGCUCCAGCCCCCGCUGGGCUUCCGCAUGAACGCUUCCAGCUGGCCGAUGUUCCUGCUGAAGACUUUGAACGGCGCCGAAAUGGCGCCGGCCAAGGUCUUCAAGCGCGAGCCGAAGACGCCACGGUCGAACAUGUUCGAAGUUGGGCACAAGCUCGAGGCAAUCGAUAAGAAGAAUCCUCAAUUAAUAUGUACUGCGACUGUCGGAGCUGUUAAAGAUGAUAUGAUUCACAUAACAUUUGAUGGCUGGCGCGGAGCAUUUGAUUAUUGGUGUCGUUACGAUGCCCGCGACAUUUUUCCGGCUAGUUGGUGCUUCAAAAGUGGUCAUCCUCUUCAGCCACCAAGACAAAAGUCAACAGGUCCGAACAGAUUUAAAUCACGGACGGGCAAUGUUUUACCAGUAGUAGCCGUUUCCGGUGGUGGAACUGGAGGAGAACCUGCUGUAGCUUUAGUUAGUCCUGCUGGGUCUAGCGCACCACCUCAACCUGCCACAGAACCUGAUACAAGUACAGCCAAUAGUAAACCACGUUCCUUGGAAAAUGUCACUAUCUAUGUGAAUCAUAAUUGCUCCUGCGGGCCGUACUUCGAUCCUCGAAAAGUUAAAGCUAUGCCAGCCCAAUUUGGCACUGGAGCCAUUCUUAGUGUUACAAGGGAUAUUUUCCAGGCACUGUUAAUGGCUGCCAUGAGUCCCAGACAGAUGCUGAGUUUGUUGAAACGUGGAGAAGGCGAGUGUAUCAGUCUUACUUUGGAAAGCAAACCUACAUCAGUGAGACUACCUGUCUUUGUCGAAGAAGAAGAUUUCUACUCUUACAUCAGGCGCCAAUUGGAAGACCUGUGUGCUUGCGAGUUCAUGCUUUCUAGGAGGAAAGAAGCCUGUACCAAAUGUCCCAGCACGCCUCAGCUGCAGAUAAUCAAGAGAGAGGACACUGGUAAUACCACGACACAAAAGAGGAGAUGGUCCGGUGAGAAUCAGCAGAAUCCCACAACAACAACUACUAACCCAACUCAGCAGCAUCAAGCGGAAUCAAGUCCUGCAGCGACAACCACAAACUCAACACCGACAUCACCCACGCCAGCGAAACAGGCUAGAAAGUCUGUGCCAGAAUUAGAAGCUGCAACAUCCACAACUCAAUCCGAAAGUCCAGCUCAACGCAUAUCCUCUACGGAACCUGCAGAGUGGACAAUAGAGGAUGUCAUUCAAUACAUUGCCAUAACAGAUCCAGCACUUGGCCAGCAUGCAGAUCUUUUCAGAAAACACGAAAUCGACGGUAAAGCCCUGCUACUCUUGAACUCUGAUAUGAUGAUGAAAUACAUGGGGUUGAAGUUAGGUCCUGCCUUGAAAAUCUGCAAUUUGGUUAAUCGUAUAAAAGGUAGAAGGCAUCUGGCACUGUGACCCUUUCAGGCAUCCAAGUGCCUUUAAGAUGAAAUUCUGAGACGUCGUACUUCCUGAUCGUGUAUUGUAUACGAGAUCCAUCUCGGACAAUCUCAUCGAACUGCGAUUGCGUUUACAGUUGCCAGUUAAUACGCAUCUUGCUGUUUUUAUGAGAUUUAAACAAGUAUCUUAACAGGAUCCUGGAUCAUUAUAUAUAUGUCCAUUACUGUUUUUGACUGAGAGUGAGACUUUGCAGAGUGUUAAUAAAAGUGUACAGUGCAGACUUAAGCUCUAGUGGAAGAGAGACAAAGCAAGUUUUAAACAAGUGAACUUCUAUUUUGAGCACUACCGAAUGUACUUUUACUAGUGGAAGAGUUACACUGAAGUGUAGUAAAUCCGAGUCAAAUUUAAAGCACGAUGUCGCGCAUCAAUGUUUUUAUUUUUUAUCACGUCGGGUAACGAAUUCUAGACGAAUGCACCUUAACACUGCUACGUGUCCUAGAGAGUUAUCCUCAUUACCAAAAUCAUCCCUCUCUAUAUACAUAUUAUACAUAUAUUUUUUCUAUAUAUCGAAGGUAUAUAGUAUGGCUAUCUUCCUUCUCUGUAGUCCUUUCUAAUCAAUCGAUCACUGAUCGCCCUGUAAAUAAUCGUUGAUCCGAGGCUACGUAAAAUAUAGUAUAUUUGACGUAAAGUACCGUAUAUAUAAAUAUAUAUAAAAGAUAUAUAAUAUAUCUUAUUUCUAUGUUUUUUUAUCAUCAUUGUGAUACAAUUAUUUCAAUUAUUUUGAAGGGGUUUUUUUGACUUGUUUUCUUUUAAUUUUUUUUUUAUUACGAAAGUAAUCCUCAUCUUUUUUUUCAUUAUGAAAUAAGAAUGUCAAUAUGAGAUAGCUCGUCGAGGUACGCUACUAAGGCCAAAUAUUAUCCCAUGUAAAGUUUAUAUUUACGUACCCUUCUCUCCUUUUUCUUUUUACUUGUGAGAAAAAUUAAAAAUCAUGACGCCAUCUGUUCCUUAACUAAAAGUGAAAAAAGCAAUGACAAAGUGCUUCUGAAAAUCGAUGACUUAACGGUGCAAUUUUGAAUUUUCUCCUAAUCUCGAAAUAAUUCUAUUGUACCAUACUGUCUAUAGUAUUUGUCUGAAUUAGUAGCCUAAGCAAAAUAUAAUACAACUAUUACAUACUAUUGUAUUAUGAGUCAAUGAUCGUAGCAAUGUACACUGUUCAUAGCGUUUUAAAAAAUAAAACGUAAAUGAGAAAUAGUAAAUUACAGAAAGACAAGAAGAAGUAUAAAGAAGAAACAGAAAAUGAAUGUAAUAUAUCUGCGAUGAAUUUGCAAUAAGCUGUAUUUAAAAUAAACUUUGUCUUUAUCUUGA